AUGCUGACCAGGAAUGCAAUCCCAGUGGACACGACGCUUAUCGAGUUUAAGGAGUGGCUGCUCGAUCUUGUCCAACUCGGUCGGUUUGACAAUUUCAAUGAUAAAACCCUUGCGGAUCUCAUCGUUCGCUCCGCCGAGCUCUAUCGUAGCAUUCACCACAGACUUUCGGCCCCGGUGACAGAUGUCCGUCAAGCGCUCAAUCUGUUGUCGGCCAGUGUUCAAGACGCCGCUCUCCUCCCGAGUCAUUGCCAGGACUUCAGCUUUGUUGCAUCCAGUAAUCAGGAUCUGAACCUCUUACGAGCUAUUCGGCAAGUCGUCACCAAACUGCCAACCGCUGGCCGUCAUGCUCCCCAGCUGGCUAUUCCAGAUUACUUCGCGCGUAAUGGUCUUGCGCCAAGUCCCUUUGCUCUACUAGAGUCGAAAGGACAACAAUUUCCAUUCAAGCGUGGGAUAGGAAAUGCGGAUAGCUCCGAGGAUGACAACACAAUUUUCAAGAGGCAAAAGAGGUCCAAUGCAGAAGUCGGGCUCGUGGCUAAGCAUGGUUUUCAAUCAUCCCUUGAGAAGCAGACGAGGCUCAAUGCAGACGCUGGGAUCGAGGCGGAUCAUGACGGUCAUGCAUCUUCUGUGAGACAGAAGUGUUCCCAUGCGGAUGCAGGACCCGAGGCUGGUCACGAUUUCCCAAAUGGCGCGAGACAUGACAGCAAAGAUCUGAAUCAGUUACUCGAUGCCGUGCCAGCUACUUCACACCGUCCUGUCCAGAUCACCGAGACGGAUCGUCCUCUGCCAACCAUCACAAUUCAGCACAGCGUAGCACCGCAGGACAAUAGGACGCAGAUCCCUGUAUUAUCUCUGCAAGCUGCUAUACUUGACAACAUCAAGGUUGACCCUCGCUCGCUGUUCAUUGCAUGGCCAAAUCUGUACUGUGGAGGCAAGCAACCCUUUAACGCGCGUGAUAUCAUUGAUGGUCUACAGCAAGCCAGCCGUCCCUCCGGGAGUGGCUCUCGCCAUCUGCCGAUGCCGGUAGAGAUUCAAGAAAUCUUGUUCGGGUUCAAAUUGACCUGGCCAACACCGUUCGAGGUCAGCCUUGUGCGUGAUGUCCCGAUUGUGGUCGGAGGGGUUGAAAAUACAUUUCAGUCUUUCAGCUCAAGCAAAGUAAAUGCGACCUUGUCCCUCGCCCCGGGCCAUGGAACAGAACAGGGGGCCAUCGCCUUUCUUGCAGGGCUUUAUGGCGCCGGACAAUUCUCGCUUGGUCGUUGCCAAUUUCCUGGCAUGAAAAUCGACAGGUAUUGGGAAGGUUCCUCUGGUUUCACUUUAUUGCACAUCAAUCACAGCAUUCCAAGACCCCUGCCUCAAUUCCUAAAGAACAUUUGUGCCGCCCAGAUAUGCAGCAGCUUAGUCACCGGCCAGACAUCUGACAACGGGGCCAACUUCGUCGCAGUCUCGAACGAACAAAUUGUCAGAGAGUUCAAAGACUGGAUCACUCAUGUUGUUCAUCGGGGCGACUUUGAUCGAAUCGACGGUCGUACACUGAUCGAGAUCGUGACACGAUCGACUGAGCUGUAUAUCCACACAUAUGGCGCACCUCGGCCUGUUCAUUCUGUGCUCAAGUACCGAUCGGUCGAGGCUGCUAGAGAGGAGGAGUCGGCUCACGCGGAGCAAGACGAACACCAAGUGAAGAUUCAUAACAAGCGGAAGGCCACGGAUGGAAGCAAUCUUGCUAGCAUCAGUAAGGUUGAACUUGUUGAGGGAGCUCAUCCUCCCAAGAGGCAGAAGACCCUGAGCAAGGAUAAAACCACUAUCAAGAGGGAAAUUGUUGAAAGCGAUGCCACUGGCAUCAGCGAAAGCGGCAGCGGCAGCAGCAGUGAUGAUAUCGAUGACAGCAAUGUCGAAUGCGGAAUUGACGAUGCCGACGACAGAUCCGAUAAUGGAGAUGGCAAUCUAGAUGAUGAAGAGUCCUCCUCCGAUGAAGAUGGCGAUUCAGUUGACGAGGACAAUUCCUGCGACGAAGAUGAUGCAUCUAACGAAUCUUACCAGACAGUGCAGCUUGAUCUCCAAGUUGCUAUACCGCUGUGGAAGGUGAAACCCGGAGACGGAUGCAGUCUGCUCAUUCGCUUUCACGCUCCGCCCGGAAGCACCAAAGUAGUGGCGCGAUCCCUGAGGCCCAGUGAAGCUGAUAUCUUGCGUGCCAUAGAGCAAGACGAUCGCUUUCCGACCGACAAAAACGGUCAGCCAUUGCCUCCGCCACUCUCGGUUGAACAGCACAGGUCGGGUUUCUUGACUACCUGGGCCUCUCCUGCCACGAUCCAUUUUUCCGGCUUUGCUGAUGCCAUCAUCGAUGACGCCCGCGAUGUGUCUGAAUAUCUCGUACGAGAGGCGCUCGUCAAGGCGUAUGGUCGCAAGCAUUUUCUCCUGUGUCACAAAUUCCAUGGUAAUUUUGACACCAAGCAGUACUGGGUUCGCUUUCCCGACAACCGUCGACUACCCACUUACGUGUCAUUGGAUCUCGGCCUAGACGAAGCGGGGAACAGACGCUACAUGACCUUGAAAGCAUUCGACUGGGACGAGUGCGAUAUCUGUGGAGCGUUGACGGGACGGGGUUCGUUCUGCGAUUCUUGGAUGCAACCCGUCCUCCACGAGGAUUUAUGCUCCAAGUUCAGUGUUCGGCAGUUACGGCAAGAGGUCAAGAGAGCGCAGAGUCUGAAGUUGCGCGAAGGAAACCCGUCAUGA